AUGAACGCGAUAUGGAAUCCACAAGAGAACCGAAUUUUUAUUGCCGCAUGCAAGACGGUAAUAGCCAACGAUCAUAGUAAUGGAAAGUGCUUCACAAAACACGAGUGUGACCAACUCAUCCAUUUGUUCAACUCCAACUCCAGUUACUGUUGGAUGAAGCAGCAGCUUAAGAAUCAUUGGGAUGAUCCUCGACAGAAGUAUAAACGGCUGCAGAAGCCGGAAAACAAAGAUUACAAAGAAUUGAGAGACAAAGACUACAGAGAGGUGUACAACUACAAGGUACUUUUCGAGGACGCCUAUGAUAGUGAUAAGUAUGCAGUCACACCCUUGAAGCUGUGCAGGACAGCCUUCGCCAUGUUGGAAGAUAGUGGGCAUGAAAACCUGCACGACAUUCAUCCGGUCGACGAUGAGAGCAGCGGAUCAAGCGAUGAAUGCUAG